ACCGAUUUAGGGUGGCGACGCAGUUCCACUGUUCCACUGACUCAGUCCGCAACGCCGUUGUUCAGUCAUAUCAUAGUUUUGAAUAUUAAGUGUGUUAUUUAUGAAUCGUUUUGACUGUGUAGUACUCAGUUGUUGAUGUGAACAGUAAAUACAUAUUGAUAAAUGACUUCAUGUGCCAGUUCUUAGUAGUUAAAAUACUCUUUGAAAUUGAACAGUUAAGGGAGAGUGGAGUUAAUUGAGUGUGUUUUAGUGAAAUCGCAAGAAGCAGUUCAUUGUAGCUACAGUAAUGGGAUCAAUGUGGCAGGACAAAGGAACUGUUACAUUUGAGGAAAAAUGGCCAGCAAUGAGGCCAACCGUCUUGAAGCUUCUGAGACAGGAAUGCGUGACCCGUGCCGAAUGGCAGGAUCUUUUCUGGGCAGUCCACAAAGUAUGUCUUUGGGACGAAAAAGGGCCUCCCAAAGUCCAGAAAGCUCUCCAGGAUGACAUUUUAGAUUUCAUCACUCAUGCGCAGGCUCGUGUCCUGGACCAGCAUGAGGAUCAAGCUCUCCUUAAGGCAUAUAUAACAGAGUGGAGAAAAUUUUUUCAACAGUGCAACUACCUCCCGCUGCCCUUCAACCAGCUUGAAUCGGCACUGGCUGGCAAAACCACUACUUCAGUAACCAAAAAGGUCCAGAAUGACGACUCUAUAGUUAGAAAGGUAACUCAUUAUUCAUAUCUUCUGUUUUUAGAGUACACAUCUGAAUCCUAUGGAAACACUCAUUGCAUCUCCUCCCCACUAUGGAUGGGUGCUCAACAGCAAAUGCCAUUGCUCCACCUUCCUACACCCCCAGUGCCUCCUCCUUCUGGUUUCACUGUGCCACCAUUGUUGAUGUUCAGGUUUCCUGCAUCAGCCCUGUCCCCCUUGGUGAUGACAGAUGUCAGUGCCAGCUGUUCCAAUACAUCUAGUCCAGAAGGGAGACAUCAGUUGCAGUUUAGUGACGAAGUCAAGGCCAUUGAAAGGGCCAGUAAUAGACAUUUCUCUCACUCCUCAGGUACCUUGCAAGAGGAGCAAGAAGUGUCUCUCAGUAGCACACAAAGAACUGUCUUGUAG